AUGAUCCAUGAGCGUUCAAACCUCGCUGAAGAUGAAGCAGCCUUGCACUCUUUGAUUGAUGCCGACCGUGAAGCCCUUAUCCGUGACAAGAAAAUCCUUCUCUUUCAACUGAUGUGUCGCGAUGCUGGAGUGGAUGAUGAAGGAUUGGGUGAUUUGAUCGCCAGUGGAGUUAAGUUGACUGGACAAGGUGAAUCCUCUCGGCAAUUCGAGGAAGAACUGAAACCGCCGGCCAUUUCCAAUGUUGAUCUCAUGAGGUCGUCGAAGUGGACUCGUAGAAAGAUAUUGGGGCGCAGCAACCUCCAUGUUCCGGAUAACGUGCGUGAACAAGUCUGGCAAGGAGCACUGGAUGAGGCACAGAAGGGGUGGCUCACUGGUCCCCUCACAGAGCUGGAGCUUCGUGGACAGUUGGGACCCAUGUUUGUCGUCACAGCUGAAGCCCUUUUCGAUUUGCUGGGCUGGCGUGUGUCUAUGAAAGAGAGUAAACGAGUUCCCAUGCCUGACACCUUUGAAGCCCUGGGUGUCACUUUUGAUUUCACUGCCUCUGAAAAUGGUGUGGUGAUGGUACGCAACAAGCCCUCUAGGAUUUUGCAAAUUUGCUCGGAACUUGAUCGAAUCUUACAUUCUGGUUGCCUAUCAAUUUCGGAGGCUACAUCGCUGCGAGGUAAGCUUCAGUUUGCAGAGACCCAUACAUUUGGCCGUGUGCUGGCAUCGCAUUUGCAGAUGUUCCACAAGCGUGCCUCGGGACAAUUGAGCGACAGUGUUAUUUCAGAGACGAUGAGGCAUGAACUUCUCUGGAUACGUGAUUUCAUGACUGAAGAUAUACCCCGCAAACUGCUGAGUGGUAUGGCUGACUAUAAGCUGUGUAUAUUUACAGAUGCUUCACUCGAAGGUUCGGAUUCUCAUGCUGGUGUGGGCAUGGUAGCCUUGUAUGUAUGUGGUGGUCAGAUUCAACAGAAGUUUUUCUUUUCGGAUGUGGUCCCUGCCUGGAUCCUCUCCUUGCUGCAAUGCCGUACUCCCAAGAUCAUCUCUACUUUGGAGCUUCUCUCUGCUGUGAUGGCGAUACAUUUACUCGAGGAUAAAUUUCAGAACAUACGCGUCAUGCUCUUUGUAGAUAAUGAAGCUGCUAGGGCAUCCCUGAUCUCAUUGAAGAGCUCCUUGGAAAUCCACCAGUGUUUGCUGAGAAAUGGGAGUUUGGCAGUUCGAAGGAGCGGCCUUUACCUUUGGACUGCCCGUGUGCCGUCUUCGAGCAACCCAUCGGAUGAACCGUCGCGUGAAUUGGUUGACAAACUCCUCAAUGCAGGAUUUUGUCGACUCAGUGUUAGUUGGAACCUAGCUCACGUCCUGACCUCAGAGAAGAAAUGUAUUUGCUUGCUCCUCAUGUUGAUUCCAGUUUGCUCCCGCUGUGCAUGUCCAAGAGGGGAUAAACCAAUGCACACACAUGUUGAUGCUCUCGUGGUGAUGUACCACAUAAAUCAUAUGUUUGGAUUCACUUGUGCAUAUGUUGAUGGUUGUGAACGCGAGGAAAUGCGUCGAGGACCUCCCCAGUUAUUCAAAAAGGACUGGCCGCAGGUGCAGGACUUUAGUGAGACAUCAUGGUAUGUGAAUGAGAUAAACAAGAACAGGUUGACAAGUUGUUAUUAUCCUUCUUUGUUUAGGGAGUGA